GCGCCGCUGCGUCCCUCCCUCCCUCCCUCCCCUCCUCUCCUCUCCCCGCUCUUCCUCCCUCCCGGCUCUUCCUCGCCGCCGCCGCCGCGAUGCUGCCCGCCGCCGCCGGCGGCCCCAGCGCCGCGCAGACCUGCGGGCUGGUGCUGGGCGCCGCCGUGCUGCUCCAGUCCCUCUGCGUCGCCGUCACCUUCUUCUACUUCACCAGCGAGCUCAGCCAGCUCCAGGACACGUAUUCAAAGAGCGGCAUUGCUUGUCUCACCGGGGAAGAACUCGGAAAUUUCAUACAGAACCUGGACGUAAUUGAAAAUGAAGAAAGAGAGGCCGAUCCCUGCUGGCAAGUGAAGUGGCAACUGGGAAAGCUAAUUAAAAAGAUGAUGUCAAGAAGCUACGAGGAAAACAUAUCUGCAGUCAACGCCGGAAGAGCCCUGACGUUGCCCAGCGCCGCCGAGCAGCCGCCGCUGAGUCCCGGCCACCGCGCAGCAGCGCACCUCACCGGGAGCAGCAAUAGGAGGAGCUCUCUGUCCCCGCACAGUUCCUCGCCCAGACGAGGCCGCGGCCAAAAAAUAAACAGCUGGGAGUCGUCGCGGAAAGGCCACUCUUUCCUCCACAACGUGGAGCUGAGAAACGGCGAGCUGGUGAUGCCCAGCACCGGCUUCUACUACAUCUACUCGCAGACGUACUUCCGCUUCCGCGAGAGCGAGGACGGCGGCCCGGCCCCGACCAGGAACCCCAAGCAGCUCGUGCAGUACGUUUACAAACUGACCAACUACCCGGAGCCCAUUUUGCUCAUGAAAAGCGCCAGAACGAGCUGCUGGUCUAAGGCGGCAGAGUACGGGCUUUACUCCAUCUACCAGGGGGGCGUCUUCCAGCUCAAAAGGGACGACAGGAUUUUCGUCUCCGUCAGCAACGGGGAUAUAGUUGACAUGGACAAAGAAGCGAGUUUUUUCGGAGCCUUUUUGAUCAGUUAGAAAGGCGGAAGCCGCGCUCCGAAGGAGCCGCUCGGCCUAGUUAGGACCAGCUUAAAAUUCUGCAAAAUCGGGGGCGAGAAGCCAACCCGGGCUCCCGGCUCCCGCGGUCCCCGGCGGGCUCGGGGCCGAGCCGGGGUCGGGAUCGAACCUCCCUUUUACGGGAGCAAAAGGCCGCCAGAAAUCCCAAACACGCCUCUUCGCCUAAGCUAGCAAAGCCCUUAAGCGCCUGAUUAAUUUUAAGCACACGAAGAGCCCGACUAAAAGCGGGGUUUUUACACGCUUGAAAUUAAAUACGCGCUUAAGCGAGCAAACAGGAGCCCGUCUGAAGCAGGAGGCUGAGCAGAAAAGCGGCGCAGUACGGCGAGCGCCGCUCGGAGCGGCCCGUCCGCGGGAGGCAACGCGCCCCGACACCCGGCCUUCGCCGGGGGACGCGCGCAGCUGCCUCCACCGAAGCGCGAGCUGCAAUUUAGGUAAUGCCGUUUUGGUCCUCGUUUUAUUUGCAGGAAGGAGUGGACGUGUUUUUUUUUUUUUAAUUUACACUAGCCACUGCAUUUGUUAACUGUAUGAGUAGGACUAUUUCGUGUGUGUAUAUAUAUAUGUAUAUAUAUAUAUAAAAAAAAAUUUUGCUAGCGUGAGCUAUGUGAGCCAGAUCCACAGGAUAAAUCAGCUGGCAUAGAUCAGCACCUCAGCAAUAUCGGCGGCACCGGAGCGAUGCUGAAUUGCACCGUGCAUCGUUUUGACUGGGUUUAGCAAAAACUGAAGAGAAGAAGGUGAAAGUGAAAAGAAAAAUGGGGAGGGGGAAGGAAGAUAGCUGCUCUGCACGCGUUACCUGGAGUCAAGGGAACGAGGCCACGGGAAAAAUCUGGUGGUCUAUUUUCUCCAUCGUUUACUGGAGUGCUUUGCUUUGGCUCACCUGCAAAUCCUCUACUUCAGCACCAAACUGAAAAUACUUCUACCAAAGUUUAGUCCAGUUUUGGACUGCACUUAAUUCAGAAAUUGUCUCCCCAAUACAAAAGACUAGGUUGUAAAAACCGUUCCCUACCUAUCCGAAUGCCUCCUGUAUUGGUGAAAAGACUUUGGCAGCUGCUUAUCUUUACCAGCAGCCCAGGCUUUAUCUAAGCACAGGAUUGACUCACAUCAUCAAAUCUCGAUCAACUUAGUCUAUUAAGAAGUUUAAAUUGUUUAAAAAAAAAAAAAAAAGUGCUUAUUUGAAAGGAAAAAUACAUUUGAACUGUGAAAAAAAAAUCAGAGUUAUUAGUAGCAGCUUAGCAUGAAAACCCUCCGUACCGUUGAGACAUGGUUUAUAUAACCCAGUAGUCAUGUUUUGCUAGAAAGGACUGGGAGGAAACUGUGAAAAUGCAGGAAACUACCCAAACUGAGAGCUGAGAUUAAGACAAACUGCCUAAUACACACAGCUUUUUUUGCUUCAUGUCAGUCUUCAACUCCCAAUAUGUAAUAUCACACCAACUCAUUUAUGCUCCCGGGCAUUAUCUUUUUAUCUAAAUACACCUAUUCUUGGUCUCUGCAUGCAGAGCAUAGCCCAACUGUGAUCGUACUGAAUAAUCGUAUUUCUGAAUAAUCCAAAGCCAUGCGUGCCAGAUAUUAUCCUGGGGAGAGACUGUAAAGCGGUAUCAGACAGGGCACAUUUGAAGACGAAUAGAAAGAUAUAUCAACUUCCGUUGGUAGAUUUGCACCUGGAAUCAUCCUUUUCAUCUCAUUUCUUUAUGCCAGAUGGUGAAUGUAGCAAAUUUUUAUUCAUGGGUGUGGGUUGCAAUAACAUACAAAUUUUGUAAUUUUUGUAUGUAUAUUUUAUAUAAAACAUUUUUACUAAAUAA